UCUGGGUCGCCGUCUCCACGUUUUCUUUACGACCAUUGGCGGCCACGGGGGAGGUGUACGGUGAUUCGUCUCCCCGACGGACCCGUCCAUCUCUUUCCCCCGCUCCCCUGAGCAGUGGAGUCCCCUCGCUCCGGCCACACUCUCUCUCCCUGACACCCUGACCCCUUUCCGUCCACCGAGAUAAACGGUGAGAAGAGAGACACGACAGAAGCGGAGGAGAGGAGAAGGCUGGUGGGGAUGGCGCGGCGCGGGCGUGUGGAGCUGCGGCGGAUCGAGGACCGGACGAGCCGGCAGGUGCGCUUCUCCAAGCGCCGCGCGGGGCUCUUCAAGAAGGCCUUCGAGCUCGCGGUCCUCUGCGACGCCGAGGUCUCGCUGCUCGUCUUCUCCCCCGCCGGCAGGCUCUACGAGUACGCCUCCUCCAGCAUAGAAGGUACAUAUGACCGCUAUCAGGCAUUUGCAAGAGCCGGAAAGGACGUGAAUGAACCUGGUGCAAGUAACAACAAUGAUGGAGAUCCUUCAAAUAUACAGUCAAGGCUUAAAGAGAUUACUUCCUGGUCUCUUCAAAACAAUGCUGAUGACUCAGAUGCUAAUGAGCUAGAGAAACUGGAGAAACUACUGACAGAUGCUUUGAAGAAUACAAGAUCCAAGAAGAUGUUGGCGCAACGAAAUAGCGGUGCGGGAACGAGUGCAAGCGGCGAGAACUCCGGUCGUCCUAGGGGACAGAAGGAAGGAAGGACUUGAGCAGCCAUAUGAUGUGCAUGCAUUUGGUACAAGGAAAGCUCUGCUGCUGAUGCCAAUCUCUUCCCCAGCUAUUGGUUAUGAAAGAGUUGUGAAGGCUGCUGCUUGUAAGGUCCAGCAGGGAAAUUUCAAUAAAAGGGUGGUGGGUUAACACCAGCAAUGUCCAUGUUAAGUUAUUUGAUGUUCUUAUUAACCUAUCAGUCUGUUGUCAGUCUUCUCCACACAGAUUAUACGCAGCUGAGUGAGAAAUCAGUUUAUGUGGACACACCUUAUAUAACCUGACGAGAGCAGAUGCUACCUCUAAGACUGGUUUUUCAUUCCA